AUGAACUUGCGGUUAUUUUUCACGAGAAAGAAAGACAUUUGCUGCAAAUCCAUACAUUUAUUUCGUUCAGCUAUAAACUCUUCGAAUAUAAUAAAUACGCAACAAACUUUAAAAUGUAAAAAUCACCGACCUUUUGACUUUCGAACUUUAUAUAAUUCUUCUAAUGAAGCCUCUUCCAAUUUGACGUCUCAAUCAAUUCAUAUCAAACAAACCAUUGGUAGACUUUGGCGUUCUCAAUUAACCGUAAUCAAAUUUCCUUUGGACGAAAAAAAGGAGAUAACUGAUGAAUCAAAAAUGACAUGUGAAAAAAUAUCACAUCAUUCUAAUAAAAAAAUUUCAAUUAAUGAUUUGAUUUUAGAAGGAAAAAGACAGUUCAAUAGUGCAUUUAUGCCAAAAGGAUAUCCGGAUUCUGUCACUAAAGAUUAUUGGGAAUUUGCAAAGUGGCAAUUCCUUCAUAAUAUAGCGGGAUCUGUUACUGGAGUUUUGUCAACACAGUCUUUGCUAUAUGCUAUGGGACUCGGAUCAACGUCAAUCCCUCUCGCCGCAGCAUUGAAUUGGAUCAUUAAAGAUGGGCUAGGUCAAUUGGGCGGUGUGAUUUAUGCCGCAUCCAUUAACGACCGUUUUGAUUCCGAGCCAAAACGUCAUCGCUUUCGAGCAACUGUCUCAAUGCAAUUUGCAUCGUUCUUAGAAUUGUUGGCUCCAUUGUGGCCAGGCAUGUUUCUGUUGAUAGCUUCUGCUUCAAACAUAGGUAAAAAUAUUGCAUGGCUAGCUGGUUCCGCAACAAGAGCAACGAUGCAUAAAUCAUUCGCGUUAAGAGAUAACUUAGGAGAUAUCACCGGAAAGUCGGGAUCACAAAGCACAGCAGCAGGAACGGCCCUUGGAGUUGUUAUAAGUGCCACUAUUACUAAAUUUCAACCGGAUUUUGCUACUAUAACACCUUCCACAUUCGCCGCUGUUCAACCGAUUAUUCCAAUUUUUAUUACAUUUAUCCCGUUUUCGAUUUUUAACAUUUAUGCUAAUUAUAAAUCUAGUCUUAAUGUGACAACUAGUACCCUAAAUAUACCACGUGCAGAAAUGAUUUUAUAUCGCUUAUUAAAUAAACUUGGUGGAGAAACAAGGACAUUGUCGAGAAUCAAGUGCGAUUUAAGAGAUCUCGUUCCAUCACCAAAAGAAAUAUCAUCAGAAGAGAUAUUCGUCAAACGAUAUUAUUCGCCAUUUGAAAUACCAUUGGAAAUAGAACCGGCUUUACAUCAUUAUACUUCUAAAAAGUAUGCACGAGAUUUACAUGCUGCGUUAAAACAAGAAGGGUUUCUUCAUCCUGAGGAAUACUUCAUUUUACAUGUACCUAAUCACCAUUUACAACAUCUUUCAUUAUGGUUUUCGCAAAAUGCAAACUCUAAGGAUUUUAUCAAGGGAUUCUCUCACGCAUGUGCAAUUAGAUAUGCUCUGGAGUACGUUGAUUCUGCCACAUCUGAAGAUAGAAACCACGUGCUAAAUAUCAUUCGAGAUACUCAUUCUUUAGUAGAGGAUUCCUUUACAGAUCUUAUAAACACUCUUGAAAGCAAAGAAUGGGAAACUGAACAUCUUUUCUUCACAGAAAAAGAUGAUCAUAGAUUAUUUGUCGAGAAAUAG